GCCCGGCGCGAGUGGGAGUGGCGCGGGCGCCCCCCGCCGCCCCCUCCCUUCUCCGCUGCCUUCUCUCUCCCUCUCUUUCCUCCCCCCUCCUUCGCUCCCUCCCGCAUCCCCGGCUCCGGCCGCGCGCUGGCGGGGCUCCGCAUUGCACACUCUGGGGGCGCCGCAGUGUUCGUGGGAUGGGGCAGCGGGCUGCCGCUGGCGGCCGGAAUCCGCGAGCAGCCGGGGUGCAAGUUCUCUCUCAUCAUCUCGAAUCCCUGCUGCCAGGCGCCCUGUAUGAGUGACGCCUCGGUCUGCCAUGGAACCUGGCCCUGCCCUGGCCUGGCUCCUGCUCCUGAGCCUGUUGGCCGAUUGUCUGAAAGCUGCACAGUCCCGAGACUUCACAGUGAAAGACAUUAUCUACCUCCACCCUUCAAAGACCAGAUACUGCUACACUCAGCACACAAUGGAAGUCACAGGAAACAGCAUCUCUGUCACCAAACGCUGUGUUCCACUGGAAGAAUGCUUGUCCACUGGCUGCAGAGACUCGGAGCAUGAAGGCCACAAGGUCUGCACUUCCUGUUGUGAAGGAAAUAUCUGUAACUUGCCACUCCCCCGAAAUGAAACCGAUGCCACAUUCGCCACAACGUCACCCAUAAAUCAGACAAAUGGUCGUCCGCACUGUGUGUCAGUGAUAGUGUCCUGCUUGUGGGUGUGGUUGGGACUCACAUUAUAGCAGCUCAAAGACAUGAUGUUUAGUAGUGAUCCAUGGGGAUUUUGAUGGUCCAUACUCAUGCAUGAGUCAUUGGCCUGACAGUAGUUAUACAUGUGAAACCACAACACUCAAGGAUGUCUUCAUGGCCAGGCAUUUCCACUUACCAUGGGGAACAAGCAUUGCUUCAAUGUAGUCAUUUCAAGUCCAAGACUUCAUCAAAGCCAGCCUGCCCCUAAAAUAGACCCUGAGUUAUACCCCACAAAUCUUUGUUUCCACUCCAAGAAAUAAUUCUGCAUUUAUCGAGAUCUGGGGUUCCUAAUUUGGAAUACAUGCAUGAGCCACAUGAGGUCCUGGGACCAUCUGAGAUGUUAGGCAGUAUGCUAAAGGGACAUGAAUAGUUGUGUGUUUUUCAGGAGAAAGGUAAAGGGCCACUGGUUUAAAUAGAAUCAUGAAUUCACUUACAGCCUUAUAAUUUUAAAACUGCUUUUAAAAAUGAAUGGACUAUUUCCUUGGAGAUACUGAUUCCUUAGAAAAGUAGUAAGCAAUUUUCAAUUUAAUUUUUCUAACAUUCUUCUCCCAAUGGUGGGAAUCAUAUUCCCUCUGCUCUGUGUGGAAGAUAAAAAGGCAAUUAUAAAAGUCUGUUAUAUGGGGAGAGAUGUGGCCGCAGAAGGAUUUUUCCCAAUUUAAUGGAGCUAGCAUCUGUAAAGUGUCUGCUUACCCUUCAUUUAAUCGACGAGGUUAGACUUAAUUUGGUGCCUGGUUGUGCUCCAUAAAAUCCUGGAUUCUACCUGGACCAGUGGGUGUUCAAGGUGUCCUAAAGCAGGAUGGGGGUUAUUUUCUCCAGUCAUGGGGUUUUAUUCAGACACAGCUAAUUUAGAUAGGGAGAGGAUUUCAAAAUGAAAUCAAGGAGAAUGUGUGGGAGUUGAUCCUAGUUCACUGUGAGGGUCUAGUAAGUGGCUCAGCCAGCUCUUCAUCUGCAAUUCAUGCCUCCCAAGAGCUUUGCCAGUUCUCUUCCAAAUCCCCAGUGACUGUAGGAAGAAAGUUCUGCAUCAAG